CUGUACUCUGUGACUGAACGCUUCGGACCUCUUUCCCUGCUCUCUCUGCUGAAUGCAGUUGGGUGGGGGAAGCCAUCUGGCAGGACCGUGCACCUCACCAACAGCAAAGAGAAAGAUAAGCCAUUUGGAUUCUCCGGUGUGGGGUUUGUUUGUUUUUUUGGUACGAACAAGUUUAAAGUUAUUUUUAAAAUGUUGCUCUGAAGAGCGGUCCAGUGGGACCAGUGAGUUCCAGGGAGAGGAGCUGCCAGGCGGCUCCGAUUACAGCUAUCUGUGUAAUUUUUGUCUGACAAUACAUUUGUAAAGCAGGGUGGCUGGGAGGGGGGGAAAGGGGAAAGAUGAGCAGAAACAGCUCCCCUUGGGACCAGCUACUUUUUCAGCCCCCGUUAUGCGAGGGCUGGAAGCAGAAGGUUGAGGGACCAGCCUAUCAGCUGGGCAAUUGCAUCCUCCUCCUAGGCUACAUGGGGGGAAGUGGGAUCUUUGGCUCCAUCUAUAUCUUCAGCCUUCUGGCCACUGGCUACAUCUGCUAUGCUCUGUGGGGCUGGCUGAAUGCCUGUGGACUAGACAUCUUCAUCUGGAAUAUGCUGCUGGUCAUGGCCUGCGUACUUCAGCUGGCUCACCUGGUAUACCGGCUCCACAAGGACACCUUCUUGGAAGAGUUUGACCUUCUCUACAAGACCCUCUGCCAGCCCUUGCAGGUGCCCUUUGAGGUCUACAAAGAAAUCGUGAAAUGCUGUGAAGAGAAGGUCCUGUCACUGGCCAGAGACCAGAACUACGCUGUGGAGGGCAAGACGCCCAUCAACCGCCUGUCUUUGCUGCUCUCUGGCAGGGUCAGAGUGAGCCAGGAUGGACAGUUCCUGCACUAUGUCUUCCCCUACCAGUUCCUGGACUCCCCAGAGUGGGAGUCACUGCGACCUUCUGAGGAGGGAACGUUCCAGGUCACGUUGACAGCAGAGACGGACUGCAGUUAUAUUACCUGGCCAAGGAGGAAGCUCUACCUCCUCUUGGCAAAAGAUCGCUAUGUCGCCCGCCUCUUCUCAGCCUUCCUCGGCUACGACAUCUCGGAGAAACUGUACGCCCUCAACGAUAAGCUGUUCGCUAAGUUCGGCCUGCGCUUUGACAUCCGCUUACCCAGCCUCCACCACGUCCUGGGACCUGCCUCCUCAGAGGCUGAGGUGGAGAAGGAGCUGGAUGAGUGGGAGGAGCGGGCUGUGCCCCAUCCUCCGAUGUCUACCUUUGUCCAGACAGCUGCCUCAGUCCCUCCUCCUCCUUCUUCUGCCCGCCCCAAGAUGCCCCGGCCUGACAGUGCCCUGCUGGGUGAGGACUCUACCAGUCUUGUGUUGGAAGAUUUUGCUGAGUUGUCAGGGUCUUUUAUGGACUAUGUAAGCGAAGGGGAAUAUAUGAACCUUACCCGGAGUUACCCCUGUGCCCUCUUCAAAGGACGAGCCCCUCUGGCUCCCACCCAGACCCCAGAACUCUAGGGCACAACAGCCGGGUUUGAUCAGGAAGACUCAUGCAUGAGUGUAUGCUCACCCACCUCUAACCAGAAAGACACUCAUUAACAUGUCCACACAACGCUCCUGCAAGCACAUGAAGUAUCUGCAUGAGACUGAAGUGUGAUGGCUGGACACCUUCCACACCACAUUCUGUUCACCUACAGUGGCACAAGGGAUGUCUGAGUGUUCCCUUUUGUAUUCUGGUCUUUCACUCCCAUAGUCUGUUAACAGCUCCAUUAAACGUGCUGGAAACACAGCAGUAUUAGCCUGUCCAGGGAGUCUUUCGAUUUGAGGGCACCAGUUAAAGAGAAUGUUGAUUCAUUAGGGUUCAGUGACUUGGAGGGGAGAAGCUGAUGUUCAGAGGAUUUCACAUGAGCUCUAGACAUAGGAAAAUGGGUCUAUAGAAAGGCUAAGAGUUUCAGUAUUUGUGUAUACAGGGAGGUGGGGUGGAGUGAGGUAUGGGACUUGUGCUAGUGAUGUACAUGGCAUCCAUUCCUAUCAGGUUUAAAAUUCCAUGUUCAGGAUUUAACACUUUUCAUUUAUGAUACCACAGCUAAGUAAUGAAGUAUGUACCAGUUUCUGAUGUUGGGAAGAGAUUCCCUGGGUCUUUUGGUCAAUCCACUUGGAAUAAGGAGGAUGAGAAGAACCAGGACUGAAUUUCUGUGCUCUCUUGGGAUGGAUUCUGGGUCUAGCCUUGGUAAAGGGAAGGACUUAACCUGGAUUUCUGUGUCCCUCUGGAAGGAAUAUGGGUACAUCUCUUUGGAAGGAGAAGAAGCUGAAAUGGAUUUUUGUGGACUCUGGGUGUCUCCACUCAGAUGAAAAUGAAGUGAAGGAACAGUCAGGUCUCACCCCUCACAAAAGGAUCUGGGAGAUCAGGAUAAGGAAGCAGGGAAGAUGCAAUAUUUUAGUUAAAAACAAUAUGGAGAUGGUAGGCAACUCACAAAUAUAGCAGUGACAAUAUUUCUACUGCAAGCUCACCCAGUGGUUUCAUCCAUGGGGGCUUGCAUGGUGUGAUAAUAGUCACCAGGGGCCCCUUCUGGCCUUUUUACUUCCUUUAGUUUGGUGCCAAGGGGCCACAUGGCAGGCAUAAGGCCCCCUAUGCCCAGAUACAGAGGCGGUUCCACCAGCUCCAUGCUUUUCCCAUGGCAGCCCCAAGUGCAGGAGGUGUUCUGGUGUGGGCCGGGGGCAUGGCUAGGGCAUGCUCCUGCAAAGCUCUAUAAGUGUCAUUGAAGCACGGACACAAGUAGCCAGUACCUGGUCUGUGGCAGCCCCUGCAGCACAAACUGCCUCCUCUUUGUUACUCUGCCACAGGAGAAUCAGAUUCCAGCAUCCUCUAUCACACCCUGCUGCGUUGUUGCCCCAGACAGACGUCUCUCUAGCUAUUCACUGCGUCUGCUUCUCUCUGACCCAGUCAUCCUCCAGUGCAGAGCUGUUGCCUUCCCCUUAGCAAAGGAGUGGAAGUCUGUUCAGUGCCAUUAAACAACACAGCAAGGUAGCCACCACCCCCUGAGCUGUCGGGUAGACCCUGAGGUAGCUGUUAAUACAUAUUGCUACUCUGAGGUAUCCAUGCAAAAGACAACUGCUGUCAUCAGUGCUGACUUUUAUUUUUCCCGAUGGGUGCUCCACUCUCACUCUGCCCUGAGGAUCUGCCCCCACUCUACCCCUCCCCCUGAGGCCCUGGCCUUGCUCUGCCUCUUCCCGCCUCUGCUCCGCCCCCUACCCUGAGGUCCCCCAGGCCGCCUGCCCGCCACUCACUGCUCUCCACCCUCCCCAAGUGCCUCCUGCCAGCUGCCAACAGCUGAUUGGUGGCGCUGGCGAACAGCUGUGGCUGGUAUGUGCUGAGCACCCCCUAUUUUUUUCUGUGGGUGCCUGGGCCCCUGAGCACACAUGGAAUUGGCACCUAUGACUGUUGUCACAAGCACUGAUACAUGAAGCUCAGAACACAUGCAUGGCAGGAAGGGAGCGGCCCCCUGCACCCCCUGCCACCACACCCAGCUAGAAGAAAAAUCAAGCCCUCAAAGGACUGGGGCUCUGCUGAGUCCCCCAGAGAAGCCAGCAGAAGGGUAGGUGCACUCUCCCUUGUGAACUUCCCACCAGGGUGUGCCCCCCCCCCAUGAUUCUUACAUAAAAUCAUCACUUAUAAAGUUUGCAGCU